CGCGAGUGCGGUCAAGAGAGAGGGGAGGACCGAGCCGCGGAAGGAGGAAUCAGGAACGUGGGAGUGGCCUACGCCCCGCGCCCCCGCCCGCGUUGGAAAACAAGGCAUUUCAUCAUGUUUGUUGACUGGCUUGGUUUUGGUUAUGCUGUCAUUGUGGCUCUUGGAGGGGCCAUAGGAUAUAUUCGCAAAGGCAGUAAAACCUCUUUGAUUGCUGGCCUCGUCUUCGGCUUGAUGGCUGGUUAUGGAGCAUACUGGGUAACACAUGAUCCCAGGGAUGUAAAGAUAUCACUAUUCACAGCUUUUCUUCUGACCAUUAUAAUGGGAGUGAGGUUUAAGAGGACCAAGAAACUAAUGCCAGCUGGAAUCGUAGCAGGUCUCAGCCUUCUGAUGGUUUUGAGACUUGUCCUUCUGCUGGUAUGAGAGGCACAAACCACAAGAAACAGCUUUCGUAUCAUUCCACAUAAACAAGCAAAAAUGUAGUUGUACUUCGAAUGUGUCUAAAAGAAGAUUAAGCACUUUUGUGGUUGUUAAUGACUACAUCAAGGCAGUGUUACUUCUUGUGGAUUUGGGGGCUGCAUUUUGCAAGUUAUAUUGUGUUUUCUUUAAUGUUUUCCUAGUGAUAUUUUGUUGUCACCUAUGUUCUUGUUUAGACAAGUGACUAGCCUGUGCUUUUAAUAAUAAUGAUCUUGAUUUUCUGUGGUGUAAGGCAGAAAUGAUGCCUUACUCCCAUGUAAAUAAAUCAGAGUUGGGGGACCAUUGAAACUCAGGUUAGUUAUAUAUAGUGCAACACAUUUAAAUUCAUCUACUGUCCUGAAUUUUGCAGAUCAUGACAUGGAGUGCUACAAUUUUAUUUGUAUGGAUCAAGUAACAUUGCACUGCAGUUCACUUAUUAAUGAGUAAGGGAUGUAUUAGAUCCAUACAGCACUAUACACAUAUUUCUGAAACAUAGUAAUGCUUUGCUUCUCUCCUGAAAUCCAGAAGUUAGGAACUGCCAAAACAAAAAUAAAAACAAUUUAAUAUUUCA